AUAACAGCUUGUCGGUAAAUUGCAUGAAAAAAAAAGACCGAAUGUACAGCAAAAUCAGAAUCAAAUUAUUAUGAGAUCUCACGUGACGAAGAAAAGAUGUUUCGUGGGUGUCUCAUCCAAUAAUUCUAUGGUGCCUUUAGUUUUAUUACCGUAUCUGACAGUAGUGUCGACAUUCUUUGUAUUAAAUGUCUCUUAGUUUGACAUUUUGAUUAUUGAUACAAACAACGGUUCACUUAGUGAUUCUUGUCAAAAUGGGAAUAUUUUUUUCCAAAAAGAAAGCAUCGAGCAGGGUCACGGAGCAAGAUAAAGCCGUACUGCAACUGAAACUCACAAGGGACAAAAUAAAACAGUAUCAGCGGAGAAUUGAGCAGAGUAUUGAGAAGGAGCGUGAAAUUGCUAGGAAGCUCAUUCAUAAUGGACAAAAAGACCGGGCCUUACUAUUACUACGUAAGAAAAAGUAUCAAGAAGGAGUCCUUGCAAAAACUGAUGCACAGUUAGAUAAUCUGGAGCAAAUGGUGCAUAACAUUGAAUUUACCCAGAUUGAGACGAGAGUCAUAGAUGGACUUAAAGUUGGGAAUACGGCACUGAAGAAGCUUCAUGAAAUUUUAACUAUCGAUGAAAUUGAAAAGGUUAUGGAUGAAACUAGGGAAGGAUUAGAGAAGCAGAAAGAAUUAGAUGAAUUACUUUCUGGAACUCUUACGGAAGAGGAUGAGGGAGAAGCAGAGGCUGAGUUGGAUGCUCUUAUGGCAGAGGAUACAGAAGAAUCUUUACCGGAAGUUCCUCGGGAAGUUUCAUUACCAGAUGUACCAUCGGAUACUGUAGAGAAAGAAAAAGUACCUGCACCAAAGAAGAAACUGCAAGAGAAAGUAGCUGUGGAGGCGUGAAGUACUGCCAAGUGAUUCGUCACAUUUUAAACUCGUUUGCACGGUUAAAUGUAUAUAUGUACAGUAUGUCCAUGUAAUUAUUAACAUUACCGAAAUCGGUAGUUUGUAUUAUUCAACGGAAUAACUUUUCAUAUGUUCUUUUACAAUAAUCCAAGACUAUGAGUGUUGCAAAGAAGAAAAGAUUAUAUCUUCGCGGAUGCAUUAUUAACGUCCUGCUUUUUUUGCACUAUCCCUUAAGAAAAUAUUAAACCAAAAAAUAUAUUUACGUGAGCGCGGAGAGGCGAAGAAAAAUAGAAUUUUUUAAUGUUAAACAGGGUAUCAAAGUUCGAGAAAAUAUUCACACGUUUCAACAAUUGCUAAUAUAUGCUCAAUGACAAAUAAAUUUAUCUUACCCUAAUAA